GAAACCAGCUCCUCGGACAAAGUCAGGGUCCAGAAGGCCCAGACCCAACCCCUGCUUCCAGCUGCACCUAGUGGCCGGGGAUCUGGAGCUGGAACUGGAUGAGAGAAGACAUCUCCUCGUCCCCUGGGCUCACAGUGGCCUUGGCAAAAAUACUCCCCAGUCCCUGUACCCAUUCUCUGCCUGAGCCUAAAGUGCUGGCAGCAAAGACAGGAGGCAGUGCCAACUUCAGCUCCGCUGAGGUCUCUGCUGAGGUCAACCGGAUAUGCCCCCCGGAAGCUGGAACCCCACAACGGUAGUCCAGGGUAUCCUCUGGAUCCUGCUUGGCUUGUUGCUAUGUCCGGAACCAGGGACAGCAUCCCUGCCCCUCCUCAUGGACUCUGUCAUCCAGGCUGUGGCUGAGCUGGAGCAGAAAGUGCCGGUCACGGAGGCCAACCACACUGUCUCUGUGUGGCACCUGUCAGCCUGGGACUCUGAUCCCCACGAUCCCCUCCAUCACUUCCUACUAAAGGAACGAAGUCUCAAAGUCACCAAGUUGGAUCCUUCUGCACUGAGCCCAGAGCUGCAAGGCCUGAUGGAGGAGGUGGCCCGACAUCAUGUGCGGGGUGGGCGGGAAUACGGGGUGGUACUGACCCCCGAUGGCUCCACGGUGGCUGUGGAGCCUCUUCUGGCAGGGCUGGAAGCAGGGCUGCAGGGCCACAGGGUCAUAGACUUGCCCUUGUGCAGCACAGCCACCCCUCUGGGUGCUGGAGACACCUUUCCCGAUGUGGGAGCUGAGGUUUCUGAUGCAAGAGCCACCUCCCCAGGACUCAGGGAUGUCUCUCCAGAUGUCAGCUCUGCAGAUGUCAGGGCUAUGUCUCCAAAUGUUAGAACCACAGAUCUCAAUGUAGGAGCCAUCUUUAAAGAUGACAGAGUCACCUCUCCAGAUGACCAAACCUCCUCGCCAGAUGCCACAGCAAAGUCUCCGACCACUGUGGACAGCCUCCUGGUGGUCACCUUGGCCAGAGACCUGGGCCUGGCCUUCCUCCAGAACCCCCAAACCCAGAGCCACCCAGGCCUGGGAGCUGAGGGCUGCUGGGACCAGAACUCUGUCCCCAGGAACUUCACACUCCUGGACCCUGAGGCAUCACCGGUUACCACAGCCUUCCUCAACGGUGCUCUGGAUGGGGCCCUCCUCGGGGACUACCUGAGUCGGGCCCCUGAGCCCCGGCCACCCCUCCACCGCCUCCUGAGCCAGUACUAUGGAGCUGGGGUGGCCGGAGAUCCGGGACUUCGCAGCAACUUCCGGCGGCAGAACGGAGCUGCUCUGACUUCAGCCCCUGCCCUGACCCAGCAGGUGUGGGGCGCCCUCAUCCUGCUACAGGGGCUGGAGCCAGCACACCCUCAGCUGCAGGGCUUGAGCCAAAAAGAGCUGGCGCAGGCGGCCACCCGUGCUGCCAAGGAGUUCACUGAGGCCUUCCUGGGGUGCCCGGCCAUCCACCCCCGCUGCCGCUGGAGUGCGGCUCCGUACCGGGGCCGUCCGACGCCGCUACGGCUGCCGCUCGGGUCCUUGUAUGUGCAUCACACAUACCAGCCCGCGCUUCCCUGCACCACCUUCGCGCGCUGCGCGGCCAACAUGCGCUCCAUGCAGCGCUUUCACCAGGAUACGCGCGGCUGGGACGACAUCGGCUACAGUUUCGUGGUGGGCUCAGACGGCUACGUGUACGAGGGCCGAGGCUGGCACCGGGUAGGCGCGCACACUCUAGGCCACAAUACCCGCGGCUUCGGCGUGGCCUUCGUGGGCAACUACACCGCGGAGCUGCCUGCCGAGGCCGCGCUGCGCACGGUGCGCGACACGCUUCCCAGGUGCGCGGUGCGCGCUGGCUUCCUGCGGCCGGACUACACGCUGCUCGGCCACCGCCAGCUCGUGCGUACCGAGUGCCCUGGCGACGCGCUCUUCCACCAGCUGCGCAGCUGGCCGCACUUCGACGUGAAUGUAAAGCCAAGGACUGCGAAGAGCACCUCCAGGAGAUCCAAGAGGAAGCCGCCUCUAGUGACCAUGCCGGCCACAGACCUGCAAUAAAGAGACCGUGUGAAGAAAGCCUGUGUCUAUGCAUCAUCCGUGUUUGCCCAGAAUCAGACCCUGAGAUAAAAGUUCCAGUGCAAGUAGCAUGGGAGGCGAUCCCAGGACAGAUCAUUGGGGAACAAGGAAGAGAGGUGGGAAAAGGAAGCCCAGAAAGGGUGCUUUACCAAGCAAGUUGGCACUGGGGCACAUGGAGCUCAGUCCCACUAGGGACUUCUGGAGGACAGCAUAGGAUACGUAUCUCAAAGUUUUCCCACCCAAGAAGUGAGGGGACUGUUGAUCCUCCAACUCCCACAAUCAUUGGCUGAGGGCUUUUCUCAGGGAAGUGCUAAUUCUCCGGCACUUUGGGGCUGCUUGUUGCAUGGGCUCCAUCUGUCAGAGAAAGUCCUCCAGCAAAAAUUGCAGGGAGUUGGGAGUGGAGCCAGUAUGCAAUGAGGUGGUAAACACUCAGGGAUGCAGCAGAACUCAGGGAGACUCCGUGUGUGUGUGUGUGUGUGUGUGUGUGUGUGUGUGUGUGUGGUGAGUAGCCUGACACAGUAUGAAUAAGGUGGGCAUAUCUAAGGGGUGUGCACCUGCCUGAACACCCUCAUUCUCAGGACAGGUUAGAGCAGUGGUUCUCAACCUUCCUAAUGCCGUGACCCUUUAAUGCAGUUCCUCAUGCUGUGGU